GCCCACAGCCCCUCGUCACAACGGCGGAUCCAAGUGGAUUCCACGACCCUUUGUAUUCGCUUCUGUGGCCCCAAUGAUCUGAGAGGCAGCGUGGAUCCACAAGACAUCGGAGCACCUGGCAGAGGAAUGCUUCAACACCUUCACACGAAACUCUCUCUGCUCGUCAUAAUUUCUGGCUAUAUCUGUCCCCGAGUCUCUGCCUCGCUGCCCAGCCCCAAGGAUGUAACAAUGAUUCCAUUUGACCUGAACUACACGCUGCAGUGGGACUGGACUUCCACAGAACUCAGAAAUUCCACCACUUUCACUGCAGAGUAUGCCUUCCAAGAGGACCAACACGAAAACAGAUUGUAUAUAAAGGUGUGUGAGGGCUCAUGGCAGCACAGAUGUGACUUCACCCACAGGCUGGAUUUCAGGGGUUCCUAUAUCAUAAGGGUGAGGGCAGAGUCAGGCGGCGAGCACUCUGAUUGGAAAUAUGUCAGUUUCACUCCCGAUGAAGAUGGGGUGCUGGGGCCUCCUAGCCAAGUGAGUAUAGAGGCAGAUGUCACUAUGUUAAUCCUCAAUAUCUCCAAGUCAUUGAAGAGCACUGAGGUGAAGUUGCGAUACCAAGUCCAGUACUGGGAGCGGGAGAGACCUGCACAGAAACAGCUGAGGAUUUAUGAUAACCCCUAUGUUUCACUGGUCUCGCUGAAACCUUGGACAGAGUAUUGUGUUCAAGUUAAAGUAUUUGACCAGAACUUUGGCAUGAACGGUACUUACACAUCUCCUCAGUGUGUGUCUACGAAAGGAGCAUUAGCAUACAUAUGCUGCAUGUUCAGAAGGCAAUCUGCAAAACAUAAAACCCCUGACAGCAUACUAGGUCUCCCUUUAGAUCUUCCCUCUCCCCUAGAGGUCCACGAAGCAACAUGUGCAGUAGCACUUGUGACUGCACCCAGUGUGUGGCUGCAAUCCUCACAGCACCCCCUGGAGGAGCAGGAUGGCACAAGCGGGAUCCAGGCUGUCUCUACACUCCACGGGAGCAAUAGUUCUGAACACGACUCCGGCUUCGGAUCUGCACAAGAGAGUAGAUAAAGCAGAACUCGUUUUCUUUUUCAAGGAUCUCCUGAAAGUUUCCAGAAGUGGAACUGAUGCUGCUAGCACUGUGAAAUCAGGGGGAGCAGUGAAAAAUGGGAAGUCGAGAGACAUCAGUCAGUGCACCCUAUCACAAAAAUAAUUAGAAUCAGGUAAGUACAGAGGUAAAAUGAGAAGAAAUGUUUGUUGUUAGUAGAGGGAGGAAAUCUUUCACACUUUCUGCUCCAGAAGCUUAAAGUUACUUCAGAUCCACUGGAGAGACCAUGGACAGCAAGUGCAGCACAUCAUGAUUCUUUAGAUAUGGUGUCACUGUAGUGAACAUAGACUGGAAAUGAUCCCUCUGAUGAAACUUUGACCUGGUCAGCGUUGGCCUUCUUUCUCCCCUGGCACACGGACAGGACCCAGGACUCCUCUAGCACCAUGAUGGCCUAGCUGAUGGCCACAAAUGGCCAAGCUGAUGGCUUACCAUGCUGGCAUGGCUUUCUGACCUUUCCCCCUCUUCUUAAGUGUCAUAAAACCCACACACUGGAAUGCGGGUAUCUCUUACUAGCCUGUCUGUACUUAAAGGAACUGUGACUAUAAAUUCCAUCAGACUCAAACCCUCACCAGGACAAUCAACCUUUUCUCAUCCCACAGAGAAUUUUUCACACACAUAUAUGUUUCUGUUUCUUUUUCUUUGUUUAAUUGAUUAGUGAUGGAUCUUAUAUGUUUCUGUAUGUGCUACAAGAAUUCUUUUCCCCCGUUGUGAAAACAAAGGCAUUAACCAAGCAUGCCCUGUUCCCAAAGAUGUACCUGGAAAGUUCAGCCCCCUUCUCAGUCAAGUACAAGGUGUGAAACAGAGAGUGAGACCCACAGAAGGGGGGGCUGGAAUUUGUUGGAAUUUGCUCAUAACAGCUUGUAUCAAGUAAACUUGCCUGGUUUCGUGUGAUUAAGACUGGAAUUACAUUGUGCAGUCGGCAACAAAUCCAGAGCUCCUACUUCUCGGUCCGAGAAGCCUGGUCGUUUCAUCAUCACUGGCCUUUAUCACUCAUGCAGUGUCAAACCAGCAAUGCUGUGGAAAAUGGACACACUCUGUCAGUGUCAUCCAGAUGGCUUCAGUGGAAAAUGGACACUUUCAUUUAGCGCCACCAUGAUGGUUUUACAUGGUCGAGCCAGUGAGUCGUAAGAACAGGCAUUUCUCUUCUUAUGUUAUCAGUUUGUAUCAGUUGUAUCAGUAUACUGUUUAUGUAUCAAAAUUAGAUCAUUAACUCUUUCCACCCCUCUGCAAUGCACUCCUCCUCAAUCCUUUAAUUAGUUCUCCCUCUGGCUAUUUCACACCAGUUCUUACUUUUUCUCCUGAGUCUUCCGUUAUAGGUUUAGUCAUACCCUUUCACCAUGAAUCUCAUUUGAUUAAUCAAUUGCCUUGUUUGGUCUUUGUUUGGUUGAUAAAUAGACUGCCUGGUUGGUCAUUCCCACAGGUUGCUUUUCUUUUCUUUCUAGUUUCUUUAUUAAUCUAGUUAGCUACCUUUGUCCCCCACAAAUCAUCUGUGUUAAUUUCAUUUGCUUGCAUUGUUAUGUUUGUUUAUUACAGUGAUUCUAGUGAAUUCGAUACAUCGGUUCAAUCAAUAGUAGAAUCUUACUCCAUGAUUGUUAUGCAUGUUUUUGUACCUCUUUCAAUAAACUAGCUUAGUUAUUCCA